AUGACUGCAGGAGACGAUAUCAUUCCUCCUGCAUACUCCUAUGCAUGGACGCCUAACUCUGACAUUCCCUUGUCAGACUUUCUGACAAAGUACAAACCGUCAAUGGUGCAAGAUGACGGUACGAAGCCAUGGCUGUGGGUGAGGAAACCAGUGCAAGGCAGGGAGAACGACAACGCAGAAGCUGCGAUCGAAGAAGCUGCUGAAUACUUGAAGGAGGUGACAGAGAAGGUUGAAGUGGUCAAGAACGAUCCCAGUGUUCCAAUACGUUCAAAUAAAAAGAAGGGAUUAAAGAGCAAGAAGGAAGUCCGAGAGGAAAUUCAAGCCCAAGCAACUGAGAAACUGAAAGAAAUAUCAUUACGUCACAGCUAUGUGGUUGGCAAAUGGCUUAUCUUUGCCCCUCCGGAGAGGGUAGACGCCAUCUGGUUGACGAUCGCCAAUUCCCUCAUUUUGGGGCCUCUGUCAGAUACGUGUGCAGAUACGGCCAAAGUGGCUACGUGUUCACAGAAUGAGACUGCAAAUCAUACGCACGUGUUGUGUCUGUACAUGCCUAAUGUAUAUGACAAGAGCAUCGUUACCGAGGUUAUGAAGGUGUUGCUGGGCAAGCACGGCAUGACGCUGACGGGCGUCAAGUCCGACUUAUACACUCUUAUUGGCCUUGAUAGCAAGCACCCAAGCGGGGUGCCGUCGACGGUUUGGAAGAACGCCGCUCUUCUCAAAGAUUCGGAAAUAAAGGAUCUCAAGGACAAGUACUUUGCAGAGCUCAAUACUCCCAAGGAUGCAGCUACUGAUAAGGUCACGACACCUGCUCCCGUGAAGGCGAAACCUGCCUUGAAGAAGAAGGUUGUCGAUGACGAUCCCUUUGCAUCGGACGAUAAUGAUACAGACAAAGCGAAGACUAGUGAGAGGAACAGUGCAAAAGAAGCGAAGCCCGCCUCUGCAGGGCCUAGCAAGGCCAAACCCCAACCAAAGAAGAAGUCUGAGGACGCUUUCGUUUCAGACGUCGACGAAGAGGUCGAGGCAGAAGCAUCGCGGAAAGCACAGGUUGCUGUGAAGAAGGUACCGGCAAAGAAGAAGCCUGUCGCAAAGAGAUCCAAGGAUAGCGACGAUGAUGAUGACAACGAAGUGGAAGAAAGACCCAAAAAGAGACUGAUUACUGGUAGAAAGUGA